AUGGUCGAUUGUAUCAAAUUUUUACCCUCUAUCUCAACACAAAUUCCUUCAAAUAUUCAUCGAAUACAAAAUAGAUUAACGUCUGAACAAAUUACUCUACCCAUAUUGUUGUCAACUGUUAAUAAUAAUUAUCAACAUGAUCGUACAACGACUCAUAAACAUCCCAAACGAUGGAUUGGACGAUGUCCUCGUGAUCCACCUCUUCAUGUUAAUGCAUCAGAUGAAUUGCAUAGGAUGCAUACAAAAGUUAUUGAUCAUGAAAUGGCUCGAUACUAUCCAGGAACAACUAUCGAUAUGUCUGCAUCGAUUAAAAUCAAACAACCACAGAGAAAUAGUAAUAAAGAGCCGUUAAGAGCAAUAAUAGGUACUGGAACAACUGUUACAUCGACUUCAAUCUUAACAAAUGUUGAUGACCGAAGUUCUCGUUUAUUUGAUACACUAUCAAAACAUGUUACAAUUAAAGCAGAACCACUUCGAUCAACAAAUGAUUUUGCAAACAAUACUGCUUAUACAUUGUCUUCAUGGAAAAAAUAUUGGGCAUCAUCAUUUGCACAAAGACGACGACAAGAAACUAAUGAUUCUAACCAUGUUUUAUAUGAUUCUAAAUGUGAUCAAGUUCUUUUAGCUACAAAAGAUUUUGUCACUGUUCAUAAUUCAUUAUCUCAUAUACAUAGUGAAAAUAAUAGUAAGAGUAGUGCAUCAUCAAUUCGAUCAAAUAGUUCUUUUGCAACUAAUGCUUCUUCACCAACAAUAUCUGAUAAACAAUCAUCAUUUAUAAAAGAAGACAGUCAUAUUUGUUUACCUCAAAUUCUUUCAUCAGAUGAAAAAGCUUCUCUCAUGACUGAAUUGAAAUUAAUUGAAAAAAAACCUUUACCACCAAUACAAAAUAAUAAUACAGUUAUUAAUAAUGAUAAUGAAAUUAAACAUAAAAUAAAUACGAUAACAACAAAAAUCUAUAGAUUUCCCUUACCUUCAAAUAAACCAAAAACUAAGAAACAAAUAUCAAAACAAGAAUUAUUAAAACCAUUAGAAAAGAAAACAGCUAUAGCUACAUUUGUAGAAAGAAAAGAAACAACAUCUUUACCAAACACAUCUGUUUCAAAACGAAGACGUCAAAGAACAACAGAUCGAAAAUCAUCUACUAAAUUACAUCAAAUCACAACAAAAAAACAACAAUAUAUAUCAACAGUAGUGCCAACAACACUAAAUUCAAAAUAUGAACGAACAAAAUGGGAUGAACCAUAUGUGGGUCAUCGAUGUGAUCCACCAACACCACCAUGUUCACCAUUAUCCAUUGCUAGUCCUCGUGAUAAUGGUAAAGAUAGAAAUAAUAUAUUCAUUGAACAAAAUUCUACGAAUGAAGUUUAUAAAAAAAAAUUCAUAUCUUAA